CGCACGCCCACAGCCAGAGUCGCCCCUCCCCUGUAAUUCGGCCACCCAACCAUCACCACCAUGGGCAACCCGCGCGUGUUCUUCGAUGUGACCGCAGGCUCCACGCCGCUGGGCCGCAUCGUGAUGGAGCUGCGCGCCGACGUGGUGCCCAAGACCGCGGAGAACUUCCGCUGCCUGUGCACCGGCGAGAAGGGCACCGGCCGCUCCGGCAAGCCGCUGCACUUCAAGGGGUCCACCUUCCACCGCGUCAUCCCUCAGUUCAUGUGCCAGGGUGGCGACUUCACCCGCGGCAACGGCACCGGGGGCGAGUCCAUUUAUGGCGAGAAGUUUGCUGACGAGAACUUCCAGCUCAAGCACACCGGCGCCGGCGUGCUCAGCAUGGCCAACGCGGGCCCCAACACCAACGGAAGCCAGUUCUUCCUGUGCACCGUGUCCACCCCCUGGCUGGACGGCAAGCAUGUGGUGUUUGGCCAAGUGGUGGAGGGCCUGGAUGUGGUGAAGAAGGUCGAGAGCUACGGCUCCGGCAGCGGCAAGACCAGCCAGACCAUCACCAUCGCCGACUGCGGCCAGCUGUCCUGAGCAGGUAGCGGCACCUGAUGCCAGAGGAGCAGUUGCGGCGCGCCCGGGCGGGCCCCGCCAUUUUUGACGCUCUCCUGGAUCUUCUGUUUCUGGACUGAUGAUUUUUGCAACGGGCUCCUCGCCGGGCCGGCGGGUGCUCUCGAUCAAACACGAUUGUGCAGCAGUAAACUCCAACGUCAC